AUGAUUGAAGAACAUGGUGGCAUAGUUCAGUCCGAUGGCUCGAUUCAACCAAUUGAUAUGUCAAGUUUUGAAAAAAAGAGUGGUUCAAAGAAAAAAGAAAAAAAGUUAACACCAAAGAAUAUAAAUUUAUUAGUUCAACAAUCAAAUCAAUCAGUUAAACAACAAAAAGAUGCACAAAAAAAGCAAACAAGCAAUGGUUUUAAUAAUAAUAAUAGUAGUAAUAUCCAUGAUGGUGGUAUGGGUGGUGGUAGUAGUAGUGAUAAUAUGGAUGGUAGUUUAGAUUAUAGUAUAAAUAAUAUUUUAAAGAAAGAGUAUGAAAAAAUCAAUAGGAAUCAAGUCUCUUCGUUUUCUGAUGUUGAAAAUUUUAGUGAAGAUGAUGAAGAUGAUGAUGCUGAAGAUGAUGAUUCAAGUGAUGAUCAAGUAAAUAAUAAAAAAAAUAAACCAAAGAAACCAAGUAAAUUAAUGAAACAUGAUAGUGUUGAUGGUAAAAAUAAAAUGACACCAAUUUCAUCAACUUCAAAAAAGAAAGUUCAACAUCAACUAAAAGAAAAGAAUAAAAAAAAAGGAAUAAAAAAUGAUAAAAAAAAGUCAAAACCAACCAAACCAACACCCAAAUCAGUUUCUUCACUACCACCACCAAAAAUAGAUUCAUCAACAAAUAAUGAUAAUGGUAGUAGUGAUGAUGAUAAUAGUGCUAAAUUCAAAAAAUAUCUAUUUUCAAUUGAACCACAAAAAUUUGAACAUACAAUAGAAAUUCCACCAUUUAGAGAGAUAAAUGAAUUUUAUGACCAAGAUGAUGGAUAUUCAAUUUUAUCAAAAAAUAAAUAUAUCGGAAAUUGGAGAGAUCAUAAUCAAUAUAAGAGUUUUGAUUUUGAUGAAGAAAUUGAUAAUCAACUUGAUGAUAAUAUUAUUAAUAAUGAUAAUGAUAAUGAUAAUGAUAAUGAUGAUGAUAAUGAUAAUGAUAAUGAUAAUGAUAAUGAUAAUGAUAAUGAUAAUGAUGAUGAUGAGAAUGGUGAAGAUAAUGGCGAAGAUUUAAAUAUUAAUAAUAAUAAUAAUAAUUAUAAUAAUAAUAAUAAUAAUAAUAAUAAUAAUAAUAAUAAUAAUAAUAAUAAUAAUAAUAAUAAUAAUAAUAAUAAUAAUAAUAAUAAUAAUUUUACAUCGAUUCAAAAUGAUUUAGAUUUACAAAAUAAUCUAAAUCUAUCACCAAUUAUAAUAACUUCUUCUUCAUCAUCUUCAUCAUCAUCACCAAUUGGUAGAAAUGAAAUUAAAACUUCAUUGGUUUCAGAAUCUGGAAGAUCAAUAUCAUCACCAAUUUUAAUACCAUCACCAACAUUAUCAUCUAAAAGUAACAAUCAAGAAAAUGAUGAUCCAACAUUAGUCAAAUCAAAUAAUAGUUUUAUUAAAAGUAUUUUCUCUUCUGGAAAAAUAAAAAGAAAUUCCUUACAAGAAUACUCAAUUAGAAAUUCUUAG